AUGAUUGCCACGACAUCAUCACGCACGCUCGCCUCGGCGGCAGCUUCCUCGAGCAGCACCCCUUCUGCCCUCCACUCUUUUGCUCGCAAUGCUUCUUCGAUACGAUACGCCUCCUGCUCCUGCUCCUGCUUCCGCUCGGCCUCUUCUGGCUCAUCAGCAUCCAGGUCGUUGUCAACACCGUUCCGACCGUCUUCAUCUGUCUUAUUCCAGCACACAUAUCCAAAACCCAUCGCCACACCCAUCAUGAUCGGUGCAGGUCUCGUCACAGCCGGUCUCAUUGCCAAUCUCUUGCUUAACCCCAAGAACGGAGCUGGACCAUCAGGUGGCAAGUGGAUCAAAGGUGGUUUCAAUUCCAAAAUGGACAAGAAGGAAGCAGCACAGAUUCUGGGAUUGCGUGAAACCGCACUGACAAAGGCAAAAGUUAAGGAGGCUCACAGGAGAAUGAUGAUUGCCAACCAUCCGGAUCGUGGUGGAGCACCGUACCUUGCGUCCAAAAUCAACGAAGCAAAGGAUCUUCUCGACAAGAUGGUCACUCGUUAA